AACGCAUUUCAAUUAUUUUCGAUUUUGCGCUGAGAAAGGUAAGCUUUUUAGUCGAAGCUCAGCGCCUGCGGUAAACACACUGCGAUGCUAACCAGCUACUUGGCGUGCACGAAAUUCCGUUAUUUCAUUUGGGCAACGGUUGCCUUGACGCUAGUGGUGAUUGCAGUGAUAAGCGGCACAACGCUUGCGAGCGGAAUCAACGACGCUGGCAAGUUUCUGACAGCAGCCAAUGACACCACGCCGCCCACAAGCUGCGUUACCUCGUCCGUUGGCAGCGCAGAGGCGCUUGUCAGUAAUCUUUUUGCCGCGAUAAAUACAGCCAAAUGUGAGUUGACAAAUGCCAGCCAAUGGCCUGCUGAUUUUGCAGACGAAGCACUAAGUGAAGGCCUGCAGAAGUAUGACUUCGUCAUUGUGGGCGCCGGUACGGCCGGUUCGGUGGUAGCCAGCCGUUUAACCGAAAAUCCGCGUAUCAAAGUGCUGCUGCUAGAGGCUGGCGGAGAUCCGCCUAUAGAAUCGGAGAUCUUUACAAUGAGCUCUACGCUACAUCACAGCGCCUAUACAUGGACGGACUUUGGCGAACCGAAUCCGAACUGUUGUCAAGGCAUGCAGCAGCGUCGCUGUUAUUGGCCACGUGGCAAAAUGCUUGGUGGCUCGAGCUCUAUGAGUGGAAGUAUUUUUUUGCUUGGCAAUAAGGAAGAUUUCGAUCGAUGGCGUCUAUUGGGCUGCAAUAAAUGGUCGUGGGAGGAAAUGAAAUUUCUAUACGAAAAGGCGCUCAAAGCCUCGCAGCAUGAAGUCGUCGAUAAGCCAGUCGGUGCAAUAGUAUUGAACCACUUUGACCCUCUGGAGCAGCACAAGGAACUAGCGCAACUUGUCUUCAAUGCUAGUAGCGAGCUGGGGUUGCGUUAUAUAUCCAAUUUAGCAGACGGCACAAGCGUUGGCUAUACAGACGCAAUACCCGCGAAUAUAGAAAAGGGAAGGCGCAUGAGCGUUGCAAAAACUUAUUUGGGGCAAGUAUCCCGUUCCCGACCUAAUCUACAUGUUAUUAAGAACGCAUUGGUUACAAAGAUACUCUUUUCUUCAGACAACAGUCGCGCUAUGGGUGUUGAAUUCAUCUUACGAAAUCGCCAUCGCUUAAAAGCUGCCGCUACGAGCGAGGUGCUUGUUGCGGCAGGUGCCAUUAAUUCGCCCAAAUUACUGCUACAAUCGGGCAUUGGUCCAAGCGAGCAUUUGAAGGCCCUGAACAUAAAACAAGUUGCAGAUUUGCCUGUAGGCAAUAAUCUACAUGAUCACGGCAUGCUGCCUUUGAUACUAAGGUUUGAGAGCGAAUUUAGUGUGCCACCCAGUAUGGGCGAACCACAAAGCGUUGCUGAUUAUUUUUUGCGCCAAAUUGGACCACUUGCAGCUAGCAUCAGCAUUAUGGGUUUCAUUAACACCAAUACGAGUAGCAGCAGCCAGUAUCCCGACUUGCACUUGGUUUCGCACACGAUUGUACCUACGGGUAAUGCCGACAGCUUCAAAUUUCUCCAGCUGCGCGAUGAAAUAGUCGCAGGGAUUUCACGCGCGGCCGGCAAUCAGAGCCUCUUACAAAUCUAUGGAUCGUUACUACGUCCUAGUUCGAGAGGCAAAGUGCGUCUUCGCUCGGCCGAUCCUCAAGCGCCGCCACUCAUAUACAAUAACUAUGCCAGCGAGCGCGCUGAUCAGCUCACACUGCUAAGAAAUGUGCGCUUUGUGCAGCGCAUGUGCACCACUGCGGCGUUUAGAAACUACGGCUUACAGCUGUUGCACGUGCCCAUUGAGGAAUGUGAUCAGCUGCCUUAUGACUCGGAUGACUAUUGGAUAUGCUACAUAAAGUACUUGUAUAUCGGUGCUUGGCAUCCGGUGGGCACAUGCCGCAUGGGCGCAGACACUGAUUCGCACGCUGUGGUAGAUCAGCGUCUACGUGUGCGAGGCGUGGACCGGUUGCGUGUGGUGGAUGCGAGCAUAAUGCCGGAAAUAUCGAGCGGCAAUACGAAUGGGCCAACAACUCUGAUUGCCGAAAAGGCAACCAUUAUGAUUGAAGACGACUGGAAGACGAAACUAGCGUGAUUGUUUUCCAUUUCUAGUAUAAUAAACUUAUUUUAGAUGCAAGGUAUUUGCA